AUGAGUGAAUCAGCGCUUGUGCCAGGCCUCAAGAGAAGACACCAAACCCAACAGUCUCGUCAGUUGCUCUCGUGCACAAAGUGUCGUGAAAGAAAAUGCGAUCGAACUAAGCCAUGCUCUGCAUGCUGCGCUCGAGGAGCUCCGAAGGAAUGCCACUUUGUUGCAGACGGAGGCGACUAUGCCCCCAUCCAGCAGUCAUACGAGAUCCGGAAGUUGCGUGCUGAGAACCUCCGCCUGAAGGAACGGUUGCGGGCCUCCAAGAUUUCCCUAGAGGACCAUGAGUCCGACCAUGAAGGCUCACCGGACUCACAAUUUGGUGAACGACUGACCGGAUUGUCGCAAAGAAGACGCGCGGCCAAACAGAAGCGCUUCCAAGGAUCCGAAUGGUCUGACAGCAUCUAUUUUGGUAGCCCCGGACUAGCCAAUGUCGUGACAGAUUUCGCCAAUAUCCACCUUGAUCCUGGAUCGUCACAGUCACUUGCGCACCUUAUGCCUCGUGGUCCUGACAUGUAUACUUCCAAGUCUCCGCCUCCUCAUCCAUUCCCGACAUUAUUUAAACCAACACCCGAGGAGGGAAUUCCGGAACUAUUGAGUUUCCAUCUUUGCGCAUUCCCACAUAUUCCGAUGGAGAUUACACGGGACGAGGUGGAACGCUUUCUUUCGGAUCCCCGAAAGAACGCGCAGAUGUGUCCCGAUAUGCUGGCCCUUCUUUUUGCAGCUUUGGCUUUAGGUUCCCAAUACUCGGCCUGGGAUAGAUCCGGAGGCCAAUGGAAGGCAGAUACCAUGAAGGCAGAACUGCAAAGAGGAAACGUCUACAUCGCAGCAGCCAUGCAAGCGCUACGGAUGGCCUCGUUCAUGCACAAACCGUCCCUACUUGGUAUCCAAGCACUCAUUAUGAUCGGCCCCUUUCUGACCAACAGUGGCCGCUUCCUCGAUGCAUGGACAUUGUUUGGAACUACCAUUCGGCUCGCGCACGCCAUUGGCCUACACCGACAUCCCAAAUACCUUGACCCAGCUCCUCCCACGCAAAGGGAAUGCUCGAUUCGACAAACGAUAUGGUGGUGGAUGCUGCACAUGGACCAAGAGUAUUCCAUGACCUUAGGUCGGCCACUUGGUAUUAGUGGCAUUGGAGACUGUCCUCCGCCUCAUGAGCUUACAACGAAUCCGCAGAUGUUACGACUUGGGGAGUUUGCGAACCACUUCACCCUAUUGGCAAGGCAGAUACUCAGCAGCGAUCGCCUCAGCAAUAGUAAAAUCGACGAUUUCACAGACCAACUCAGGAAUUUGCUUGAUACUAUGCCAGAGAUGCUCCAAUUCGAUGAAUCGUGGUUGGACAAGAAUAAAGAGAUACCAGAAUGGCCACUCGGGACCAUGGCAGCCGGUGUGUCAUGUCAUAAUUUGGCCAACCAAUAUUCUAAUGAGUUGCUUACACAUAUAGUAUUUUACUGCAAAACCCACACCUACCUCAUCCUGCUUAAUCGCCAACGCAUCGAAAAACAGUCGGCACAAUUCUUCCAUCCUCAAAACACAUCUACAGCACGCGCAACACCAGCACCUUUCCAACCCGUCAACGCAUAUCCCUCCGCCCCAGGAUCGCCGAAGGCGUCACGGAGGGGUCGAGCCUUGGUCCUGUCAUCCUCACAGGAUCUUCUAACAGCCUUCCUUUUCUUUCAUUUCCGAGUCCCAGCUGCCCAGAUCACCUGGACUAUGGGUCAACAAGCCUUCAAUUCGUGCAUGAUAUUACUACUCGACGCAAUGGAAACGGGCGAGCUUAGCCGAAUUUCCAAAGUGGAAAAAGCAUAUGUUGUGUUCCAGCAGCUAGAAAAGAACGGUGUGCACGAGCUCGCCAGUAUGGCUGUGGAGAGGGUGAGCUGGGGCCUAGCAGAACUUGGGCGAAUGAAUCGCGCACCCGAUACACAUGUCAGGUUGCAUCCGCCCAUAUUAUCAAAAGGCGGAGUUUCAAGUUGCGAUGUCGAGAUGCAAGAUGGAAACGGAAGUGAGGCUCGACAGGGCUCAGGUGGCGUGCAUGAUACGGUGAUGGGCAACACCGGCAUGCUCCUGUUAGAAGAUCCCGGCCUCCAGUCUUUCGUCCCGGAAGCUUUUGCACCGUUAACUUGGAGUGUGUCUCGGGGCUUUUCA